UGCAUUUGGCCUUCCUUAAAGUGUGGCUGCUGGUUGUAUGAUAACGGUUGUGGGGGUUAAGAUGACUAGAGUGGGAGGCAUCAUCCUGUGGUUCCCCCUGUCUUGCAUUCCUCUUUCCCAUUUUUGUUCAUAAUUUCCCCCACCGCCCCCGCAAAGUUGACUUACGUGACUUGGUUUUAUUGGCCAAUUCUGUGACAGAUUUGUAAUACUGAGGAGGCAACAAUAUGGGAAGUUUGGGAUCACAGCCUUUUAUCCACUCAUACGUUCGCUCCUUGAAUGACUGCUCUCCUUCAAGGCAAGGGAGGGCUUCGUAGAGCUGCUGCUGGUUUAUAGCUGCAAGCUAGACAGGCAUUCAGCAGAGCAUUGGAAGAAAAUUGUUUUGGAUAUAUAAAUAAUUUGGAGACAUGCAGUUCUUUGGUCGACUUAUGAGCACUUUCAACAAUGUCACCCACUUGUUUUCAAACCCUUAUCGAGUGAAAGAAGUGCCUCUUGAAGACUAUGAGACUCGAAAACCUCUACGGUGGGAAGAUAGGAUAACUUUAUAUGGCAGCUGUUCAGCUCACUCUUGGGAAUGUCUUCUUGUUAACCCUCAGGAUCAAAUAGUUGCCUUCCGGCUCUUCCAGGUAGACAAUGAGGCGACUGCAAAUCAGCACUUUGACCUAUACGUGAAGAUGUUGCGCCCCUUCUAUGAGAGUUAUCGAGAUCCCUUGCCACUGGAAACUUUGCAGCAACUAGCAGACUGUUUUCGGAGCCACCCCAGCUGGUCAUUGGCUCAUGUAGCAGUGGACGUUGGUCUCCUGGAGAGCUUCCGACACAAUCGCAUCCUGAGCUGCAUCAACAGCAAUGAUUCUGAUGAUGGAUGCACUCCGCUGCAUUUAGCCUGUCUGAGAGGAGACCUGGAAUGCCUGCAGGAGCUGAUGGAGGAGUGCCACGCCCGGUCAGACAUCGCAGACAAAAAUGGAGAGACAGUCUUCCAUUAUGCUGUCCGAGGAAGUAACUCCAAAAUCAUAGAGCUCCUGGGCAGGAAGUCAGCUGACGCUUUGGAUCAUCUGAAUGUCUGUGGGCAGAGCCCUCUACACUUAGCCUGCCAGCUGGGCAAAGAAGAUGCUGUUGCCUCUCUGCUGAAGGUUGGCGCCAAGUGCAAUAUCUUGGGAAUGAAGGGCUACCCCAUCCACACUGCCAUGAAAUACUCCCAGAAGAGGUGUGCUGAGACCCUCCUUAAUAAGGAUGUCAGCCAGGUUCAGCUUGUGGACCAACGCCACAGAGCCACACCCCUUCACUGGGCCAAAAAUGCUGAGAUGACCCGGUUGCUUGUUGACUAUGGCUGUGAAGUGAAUGCCCUCAGCACAACGGGGGACUCGGCCCUGCACAUUGCGGUGCAACGUGGGCGCUUUGACUGCACAAUGGUGUUGCUGACCCACGGAGCUGUGACCAACACAAGAGGGAAGGACGGCAACACUCCCCUGCACCUGGCCAUGAAGCAAGACCACUUAGAUAUGAUCAAGGCCCUCAUUGUUUUCGGAGCAGAUGUGGACACUCCCAAUGACUUUGGGGAGACCCCAGGGUUGGUGGCAGCCAGGACCAGCAAAGGUGCCAACCGGAAAGUGCUCUUAGAACUGCUGAGGACGAUAGGGGCUGAACGCUGCCACCCCCCUAGCACAGCCUCAUCAUUAUCGUCAUCUUCUCCCACCUUCCCAGAAAGAACACCAUGCUCACGGAGUGCUAGCCAAACCCUAGAGUUCAGGGAAGUCAUCGAUUUUUCAUCAGCCUUUGGAAGCUUGAUAAAAACGCCCAAUGUAGUGGACUACUCCACUGAGAAGAAAAGAAACCAAGACCGCAUCUUGAGCCUGGACGGUGGGGGUAUCCGGGGCCUGGUGCUCAUCCAGCUCCUCAUUGCAAUAGAGAAAGCGGCAGGGCGUCCCCUCAGGGAGCUCUUUGACUGGAUAGCAGGGACUAGCACGGGAGGAAUCCUGGCACUCUCUGUUGUCCACGGGAAGCCCAUGGACUACAUGCGCUGCUUGUAUUUCCGCAUGAAGGAUCAAGUAUUUCGAGGGUCACGACCCUAUGAGUCAGAGCCCCUGGAGGAUUUCCUGAAGAAGGAAUUUGGAGAACACACCAAAAUGACAGACGUCAAGACACCAAAGCUCAUGUUGACAGCAACUCUUUGUGACCGGCAGCCUGCUGAGCUCCAUCUGUUCCGGAAUUAUAGCCCACCAGAGUCCAAGCUCAAAUCAUGCCAUUACAAGACAACGCCUUUGUUCCAAGCAUUAACUAAGCCAGAAGAUCAGCUGGUGUGGCAGGCUGCCCGUUCCAGUGGAGCUGCUCCGACAUACUUCCGGCCGGUUGGACGGUUUCUGGAUGGAGGGCUGCUGGCCAACAACCCCACCUUGGAUGCCAUGGCAGAGAUCAAUGAGUACAACAAAUCCUUAAUCCAGAAGGGUCAGGGCCACAUGGUCAAGAAGUUGGGAGUGGUGGUCUCCCUUGGGACAGGGAAGGCUCCAAGGGUUUCUGUGAGCUCCGUGGAUGUCUUCCGCCCCACCAACCCAUGGGAACUCGCUAAGACUGUCUAUGGUGCCAGAGAACUGGGCAAGAUGGUGGUGGACUGUUGCACUGAUCCAGAUGGCGCUGUUGUGAACCGUGCAAGAGCUUGGUGUGAGAUGAUACAAGCCCAUUACUUCAGGUUCAACCCCCAGUUGGGAUCAGACGUGAUGCUGGAUGAAGUGAGCGAUACAGUCCUGGUGAACAUGCUCUGGGAAACUCAGAUCUACAUUUAUGAACACUGGGAAGAAAUCCAGCAGCUGGUAGAGCAGCUCCUAAUCCCAUGAUGCUUUGCAAGAUUGUGGCGCCACUGAUUUGGGAUACCAGCAAGGAGUACUGGAUUUCUGCUGGCCUGUGAAUUGCCCCGUCUCUUUACAUCAGGGAAUUGACUGGAAGAAUUUGGAGGAUUCUUGGGAAUUGAAAUGUUUCCUGGCUCCAGCACAUCAGUAACCUGACAGAUAACUAAGGGAUUUCCUAAAUUUCACUUUGCUUGUGUGAUAAGAUGGCAUUUAACUGAUCAGUCAGGCCAUCUUCCCUCUUUGCCUGGCUUGUAAGGCCAGGUGUAUUGUCCGAUACCAGUUUAUCAACUGCAUCUUCCUGCCCAAAAUUACAUGUGAACUUUAAUUGUUCACGUGUAAUUUUGGAUACUUUUUAAUUACUACCUUAUCCAUGUUUGCUGGUUGGAUUCCAAGUUUCCGCUGUGUUGGAGCUAGAGUUGUUAACCCGUGUGAUCUCUGAGGAGAGAAGGCUAGCCUACUGCAAUAUAUUUGCAACCAAAAAAUUAUGAUCCUCCUGUUAUCAGCAGGGGUGGGACCCUGUGUUAACUAGUAGCCAGAGGCUCUUCCCCCAUACCCUUUCCUAUUGUUUCUGAUUCCCCUCUCUGCCCUACCUUUGAGGAGGCCACUCAUACAGUGCGCUGCUGAGGAGAGAAGAGAGAUUAGUAGACAGAUAUUUUCUGUGGUACAUUCUUGAAGUAUUUGCCCAUUGGCAAAGGUGUGGAAGGUUUCCUACCUCACCUUUUCAAAGCAGUUUUCUAAUAGGAAUGAACUAUGUAAGUUUGGUUGCAGAGCAGAAAUGAAUCUGAGUUACUGAGGAGACCUACUAUUGAGAGUAAAUGGUCAAACACACAUUUCAAUGCCGUUCCUUCCUGGGUUAUUGAUUUAUUUAUUGGGUUGAUCCCCAUCGUGUUAACUGCCUUAUUUCUCAAAGGCAAGAAUUUUAAGUGCUGCUGUUAAUGAUAUUGUUUCUGCAUUUUGACUAAUUUAAUAUAUUGGAACUAUUGAAAAAUGUGCUGAUGAAUGUGAAAUCCAACAGGUGGGGUUUUCUUUAGCUACUUUGUAAACCUCUCCUAAUUUACUUUAUAUGAAAAUAACUGACAAGUUGUAGUGAUAUUACAGACUGGAGUAGCUCCCCAAACUGACUCAGUAUUAAAUAAAUGGAGGGUUAUAUGAAA